AGUUUGGUUGCAAGCGAGAUUUGCUUCGAAGCGAAGAGCGAAUGAUUAAAAACAAUUUUCAUUUCUGGUUUGAGGAAGAGAUCACAGUCAAACAAUACGUGCUUGGGUAUAGUUUGUAAAUUAUAGCACAAUAUUAGUUCGUGCGUAAUCAUCACACUUAACAAACACAUAGUUCGAAAGGAAGUUCUCUUCGUGGCCGUCAACCCUCAAUCGUCUAUCGAAGGCCGUCAAAACAAGUUCAGCCCGAGAUUGCGGAUUGCAUGCUUUGCCGAAAGCAAAACUCCGCAAACGGCCUCGAAUUUAGAAAUCGUGUGAUUCCGUCAGUGAGUCCAGCUUAGUAAUGGCCACACAAAUAUCAAUCGACCAGCUUGACAAGGAUCAAAUCAAAUCCUUUUCAGACUUCCUUCUUUCCUACAACAAGCUGUCCGAGCUCUGCUUCAUAGACUGUGUGAACGAGUUUACGGGGCGUACGGUCAGCGACAAGGAAGAUAAAUGUGCGCUCAACUGCAUGGAGAAGUUCCUCAAGAUGAAUCAACGCAUUUCGCAGCGAUUUCAAGAGUUUCAGAUGCUGGCCAACGAAAACGCUAUCGCAGCUGCACAAAAGUUGGGCGUCAAAUGAGCGGUCGAUUUAUUUGUAGUGGAUGAUGAUACACGUAGGGCUUAAAUAAAGAAAGGCUGGUGUAAACAGCGCGACCCGUUAUCAACUAGG